CGUCUCUCUGUUUUUCUCCUCCAUUAUGCUCUUUUCUUCCACUCUCUCUCUCUCUCUCUUUCGCUCUCGCUCUAUCGUUCUUCAUCAUCUUCCUUCUUCCAUCUUCAUUAAUUAUUUGAAAAAGGUCCAUAGAUUCAUGGCUAUGCGACCUCGCUGAGCUCUUGCCCACGAGUCACCAGACUUCUUUUUACGACCUUCCUGCUUCCCCUGUUUGUGCACAAAGUCUUCGACGUCACAGUUAUGUGGGCUCUUCCUCUUCAACUCCCCAAUCAUUAACAUCAGUUUCUUUUUCUUUGUUUCUUUUCUCUCUCUCUCUCUCUCUCUCUCUACCCACUUCUUCAUCUUCUAGAUUGAAGAUACAAGGAGAAAAAGAGGGAGACUUCCCGUAUUCAAAAGCUCAGAUUGCGUGAGGGCAUCAUUUGGGUGUUCAAGCAAUCCGAAUCCCAGGUCUCUAUAGAAACACCGAAAGUUGAUUUGUUCUGGGGUUGACAAAUAGUUCGGAGUUCCACUUACCAUGUGAAAGAAUCAAGAGUUUGAUACCUCUAGAAGGUGAAGAGAGAAGGGGUUUCUCGAUUUCCACCAGUGCUGUGUCAGACUCGAGAGCGGCUGACUGCGAUGGAGGUACUGGAGAGGCAAAAGAGCUUCCCCCGGAAGAAGAUGACCAAACAGCCGACGGUGAAGCGAGACGACACUCCGUUGCACUUGGCGGCGAGAUCUGGGGAUACGGAGGUCUUGUUGGACGCGCUAUCCAUGGCUGGAGUGGAGGAAUGGAAGGGCUUGUUGACCAAGCAGAAUCAAUCUGGUGAAACCAUACUAUAUGUGGCUGCCGAGUGUGGCCAUGUUGAUCUGGUGAGGGAGUUGAUGCCGUACUAUGAUAUCGGUUCAGCUGGAAUCAAGGCAAGGAAUGGAUACGAUGCGUUUCACAUAGCUGCAAAGCAAGGAGACUUGGAUGUGUUGAAGAUUCUUAUGGAGAAGAGUCAUGAGCUUUCGAUGACCUCCGACUCUGCUAAUACCACGGCGCUGCACACCGCUGCUGCACAAGGCCACUUCGAAGUGGUGAAAUUCCUCUUGGAGGAAUGUGGAAACCUGGCCCUGAUUGCAAAAAAUAACGGGAAAAUGGCCUUGCAUUCAGCUUCAAGAAAUGGGCAUUUGGAGGUUGUGAAGGCCUUUCUAAGCAAAGAACCGGGGUUAGCAACCGUGUGUGAUAAGAAGGGCCAAACAGCUCUUCACAUGGCAGUCAAGGGACAGAGUCCCGAUGUUGUUGAGGAGCUCUUGAAUUUGCAUCCUUCUCCACUUAACAUGGUUGAUACUAAGGGGAAUACUGCGUUGCAUAUAGCAACACGAAAGGCUCGAACUCAGAUUCUCUCUAAGCUUUUGAAUCACUCGGAUCUCGACAAAACGGCGGUUAACAGAUCUGGAGAGACCGCCCUGGACACUGCCGAGAAAGCUGGCCAAUCCGAAAUUGCUGCUGUCCUGCGGGAUCACGGCGUUCCUAGUGCUAAAUCGUUGAAUCCACCAACACCGACAGGGGCCCGGGAGUUGAAGCAAACCGUGAGCGACAUAAAGCACGAGGUCCACGACCAGCUGGAGCACACGAGACAAACGAGGAGACGAGUGCAGGGGAUCGUCAAGCGGAUCGACAAGAUGCACUCGGAGGGCCUCAACAACGCCAUCAACUCCACCACGGUCGUGGCCGUCCUGAUUGCCACAGUGGCUUUUGCUGCCAUCUUCAGUGUCCCAGGCCAGUACGCCGAUAACCCCAAAGAUGUCCCAGCUGGGCACUCUCUAGGAGAAGCAAACAUCGCUCCGAAACCUGAAUUCAUCGUCUUCUUCAUAUUCGAUUCCAUCGCGCUCUUCAUAUCCCUGGCAGUCGUGGUGGUGCAGACCUCGGUGGUGGUCAUAGAGCGGAAAGCGAAGAAGCAGAUGAUGACGGUCAUCAACAAGUUGAUGUGGUUGGCGUGCGUGAUGGUGUCGGUGUCGUUCCUCGCGCUGUGCUACGUGGUGGUGGGGAAGCGCGAUUUGGCGUUGGCAGUGGGAGUGACCGUCGUCGGAGCCGUGAUCAUGUUAGCCACUUUAGGGACGAUGUGUUAUUGGGUGAUCAUGCACCGGAUAGAGGCUUAUAAAUUGAGGAGCGUCCGGAGGUCGUCGAUGAGCAGUAGGUCGAGGUCGAGGUCGAUGUCCAUGUCGAUGUCGAUGAUGAUGUCGGAUUCAGAAAUUUUGAACAGUGAGUUUAAGAAAGUCUAUGCUCUCUGAGACAUAAAUCUGCCGGCAAGUCCGACGAUGCCGAUGAUGCCGGAGAUCGGGAAACAUUAACACGGAGCUGUUGUUGUACAUAUGAAUCGUAGGCUUUUGUAGAAUAACCUGCUCUCUAGUCUCUACCACUUAUUUGCAGAAGAUAUCGACUGUAGAAGUUGAUGAGAAGAUGAUCUGCGGUAUGACACGCAGGGUUUUUCUGUCAAUGAGGGGGUCACUUUCUCCUCAAUUGAUGUUCCUAGAGUUAGGUCUAUGAUCAUUAAUGAAUUUGGCUAUUGUUGCUGUGAAUCUUCUUGAAAAUGAUGAUAAGUAGUGGAAAUGAUAUGAGGAGUUGACCGCGAAAA